GCAAACUCUGUUCAAUUCUGCAUCUCCAGUGGUUUCGCCUCGAGCGAACCCUCGCGAAACACGCAACCGCCCUGCGCACCACGGGCCAUGGUUCGCAGCCUUAUCUGAAACCGUGAGGAUCAGCAUGGGCGGCAACGUGUUGGACGAUGCGCAACCAGCCAUGGUUCAGCAGUGACAUCCUGUGGCUCAGACUCCACAUGGCUCUGUUGCUGCAGAUGGGUCAAUAGCCGCUGAUCAUUCGCUGCAUGGCUCAUGCUGGACGCGUGUUGGAGUGGGAACGGAAUGCAAGGUUGGAGGCUAUUCUAGGCCAUCCCUCCCUGUUUUUGGUGAGGACUAUUCUUAUUCUUUACUGACGAUGCUGUUGCUUCCUUGCAAGCCGAGUCUGGCCAUCACCAGACGCUGCUUUAUAUCCCGUGUCCCUUCCUUCUCUCCUUGUUCUUCAAUCCCGAAGGACAUCUCUGCUAACUCCAUUUCCUACUCAAGCAGUCAUCUAAACCCCUCAAUCCGGUGGGUAUGUCAUGACGUCGCUGCCGUCGCAACUGCCUCCUCUCUCCUGCAGGAACGCCUGUCAGCUCCAUGUUGCUAAUUAUAUUCCUGCUUUUACAUAGCUCUCUCUCGAUCUCUCUCAAACCACCAACUCUGGCUGCAUGACUGGCCUGGUUAUGGAUGAUGCUUCGUCAUCUGCCGUCAUGCAACCUACCGUCCCUUCUUCAACAAACCGCAAAUCCCCGCAUCCCGUCACUCCCAAACACAGACACACCAGCUCCCGAACCUCAUCCGUCUCGCAUUCUCCAACCGGUCAUUAUCAUCGUCGCUCAUCAUCGCAUGGCACAGCAGAACGCCCUGCGCAAGCCAACCUGCGCCGCGCAAGGGAGUCGUCCUUGUCGCCGACUUCCCUCAAUCGCAAGCCUGUAGCUGCCGUCCCGCACAGGAGGCGCGAGGACCUUCUAGCCCUGCAUCGGGAAUCCUGUCGGUUGUUUCAAGACGACCCGCACUCGAACCCAUCCCAACCUUCUCCACCAGAAAUCGCCUCGCAUCCUCUAACCGAACCAAUCAGCGACGGCUACGAACACAUGUCAAACAGCGGUCCCCAGCAGUCAUCUUCUCUUCCUCUUCCCGUCCGCCCUUCCGAGGAGAGUCCACUCGCCGACGGCCCUACUGAAUCAGACGUUGACUCGGCCCGCAGGGACUCUGGACUCAUUCCGAUCAACGCACCCUCCACCAACACCCAGGACACCGUGAUCGACUGGAUGACCCCUUCGACACGGCGACGCGAGUAUGCGAAGAUUGACCGCGCCAACCGCGGAGUCAGGGGUUGGUGGCGACGGGUAGCGCCCAAGUGGUGCCGGCGUCAGGAUAAACGGACACCGUUUUUCGAGGAGAAGAACGGCAAGGCUAAUUACGAGGGAAGCGUGCGCCGGUUUCGCAUGGAUCUCCCUGAUGACGAUGAACAUGGUCAACCGCAGGUCGGACGGACGGGGAGUUUUCCCAGCGUGAGGAGCCACCUCCUCUCCAAGACAGUAAAUCCGAGCAAGGGGAGAAAGAGACGAUGGUUCUGCGCGUGGACUGAGUGAUUUGACGGUUUAAUAUGAUCCUCUACGCUUUUACGUACGGUAUGCAGCGUUCUUAAUACUCGGAUGUAUGGUCCUGCGGGCAUGGGAUUCAGCAUUUGCAUUGCUGGUGUUUGUUGAUGGCAUUCUUGAUACCCGGCCAUCAUGUUGUUUAGUUGAUACUGGAAUUAUCGCUUAAUUAAGUAGUAUUAAAAGAAUACGAAUGCUUUUGAAUCGUGGAA